AGAAUUUUUACUGGGGUGUUUAGUGUGUGAGAAAACUGACCACCUCUGGGCUGAGGUGAUAAAGCUUAUGCAGAGCAUAGGGCUUUGAUUGUAGCUACCCAAAAGCCAUAAAAAAGGGAUGGGGUCUGUAAACAGUCCCUGUGUUUUUCUUCUAUGACACACUUACCCAAGAUUAUGUUCUGACUCACUGUCCUGCUUUCAGCAUGGGAAAACUGCACUAGCCACAGCAUCAAGGAGCCAUCAUGCCCUCAUUGUAGAUAUGAUCAUUAAAGCAGAAAGGUAUUUUGCCAUGAAACAGACACAUCUAGCUCAUAGUGGUAAUGGGUCAGACUUCAGCGUGUCCUUCAAACAGGAUCACAGCAUACAGACCAAGCAAAUCCGCUCCUCCCUUUGGAAUCUAGCAUACAACCAGUUAAAGCCCCGUGAAUGGAAAAAACUGGCUGUGUUCUGGAAGUUCACAGAUGAACAAAUUAAAGCUAUUGAAGAACAAUGGACAGGGAAAAAAAGUUACAAGGAACAUGGGAACAGAGUGUUGCUCAUCUGGUUACACGGUACAUUGCUGGCUCAUCAGAAUCCUGUUAAACAUCUGUAUGAAGAUCUGGUGGAAGCAGGACUUCAGCCUUUAGCUGAGUGUCCCAGGAAUAUGAAGAAGAGACCAGUAAAUCAUAAAGUUUUGGAAUUAGGGACCUAAAGUACAGAUGCUUGGAUUCAUCAAGUUCUGAAACAUUAGCUUGCAAAAUGAAAAUGUUUAAGAAUUUGAUGGACUGUAGCUCACCUAGCCUAAACUGGACCCUGGCUGUGGAGGAUGCCACCCUGCUGUUCUCCAUUUAUAUACACUGUUGCAGGAUAUAAUUAAAGCGCAGGUCAGCUAUACUUACAUGCAUAAGCAAGUAAAAUGUUUGUAAGAAAAAAAAAAAUCAUUUUCUCUUGAACAUAGAUGUUGGUAUCAUUGGGAUUAAACAAGAGAUUCAGACAAAAAUGACAUUGUAUCCUUUAUUUAAAAAGUGUGCUAAAGAUUCCUUAAAUAAAAAGUG